GGGUAUAAUUUUGGGGAGUUGAAUUCUAGGUUUCUUCUCCUCUUCUGUAGGUUUUGGGGCAUCUUGGAGGAUCUUUGGUUAGUUGUACAUCGGGUUCUUUCUCGGAAUUUCUGGGUUUUAUUCUAUCUUUGGUCUAAUAGAGCAUUUAGGGUUUGUAUGUUUCUGACGAGACUCCUAACGAAAUUACUUGCAGAGGAUCGUAUUUAGCACUAUUGACGCAGGGACCAGUUGGGGCGUUUAUUUCUGGGUAUCUACCUUUUUAGAUAGGACGCUUAGGGAUUUCAGUUUUCUGAAAUUUUUGCGAAGGAAAGGGACUUAGGUCUUUCGUUAUAUUGUAUAUUUGUUUGAUUUAAAGGGAGUAGUUGUCUCUAGCGGCAUUUUUUACCUGUUCUUUUUUAUGGCAUUGGAAUGCCAGGGGACUGGAAAUUCGAAGGAUUCUCUGGAUUUUAUAGACAAUAAUCCUUGGGACGAGGAGGUUGCACCUACUCAGUUCAGAUCCUCUAUUCCUUGUGUUAUAUCAGGAUUUGUUUCCAGAAAAGAAAACCAUGAAUUUGUAAUUCCGGAACCCAGUUCUGAAUUUCAUCCCACGAAGGGAAUUGCAUUUUCUGGUAGUCUGAAACUUCCUCUAUCAGAUGGCACUGCUUCUAAUGGACUACGUAAUAUUACCGAUCUUCCGCCGGCCUUGUUAUCAGAAAUCCUCCACUGCCUUGAUGCUAAAGAGCUUGGUAUUGUUUCUUGUGUGUCGACAUUCCUCUACCAGCUUGCAUCUAACCACUAUGGGUGGAAGGAGUUAUAUUGUGAAAGAUGGGGUCUGCCAUUGGGUUCAGCAUGUUCAGGAUUUCCAGAUGAGAAAUCGUGGAAGGAGCUUUUUGUAGAGAGGGAGUACAGAAGCAAGACCUUCAUGGGUCGUUAUAGUAUUGAUGUUCUCUAUGGCCACACUGAAGCAGUCCGUGCGGUUUUCCUCUUGACCUCUGCAAAUCUUAUAUUUACUGGAGGUUACGACUCCAUUAUUCGCAUGUGGGACAUGGAGGAAGGGUUGUCAAUUGCAUCUUCCCGUCCCUUGGGUUGCACCAUCCGGGCAGUUGCCGCAGAUACCAAACUUUUGGUGGCAGGGGGAACUGAUGGCUUCCUCCAGUGUUGGAGAGCACUGGAAGGUCUUCCUCAUUUGUUUGACAUUACAGGUUCUCAGAAUCAUAAUUCUGAGUUUCGUCUGUGGGAACAUGAAGGGCCUGUAACUUGCCUUGCAUUAGAUCCUAUGAGGAUUUACAGUGGUUCAUGGGACAUGACUGUUCGUGUCUGGGACCGAUCUCUCUUGAAGUGUGUGAAAGUCUUAAGGCAUGGGGAUUGGGUUUGGAGCCUUGUUCCUCGUGGAUCCAAUAUCGCAAGCACGGCAGGCAGGGAUGUUUACAUCUGGGACAUUGAUGGUGGGGAUCAGCUUACCAUAAUUCAAAGUGUUCAUGCUGGUAACACUAGUGCCUUGGCACGUAGUAACAUGGGGGAUCUUCUGUUCACUGGAGGAGAUGAUGGGGCAAUACACAUGUUUGAGAUCAAAAGCCACUGCAUGGAUACUAAUGCUACUAAAGUUGCGACUUGGAUCCCUCACUCUGGUCCUGUUCACUCCCUCACAUUUGAGUUCCCCUGGCUGGUUUCGGCUUCUAGUGAUGGAAAGCUUUCACUGAUUGAUGUGAGAAAGUUACUAAAGGCAAGCAAGCGCUCUUGGUCGGGAAAUCCCCGAAAAAUUAACAGGCCGGCUGUGGAAAGUGUGGAGGCUCCACAAAGGAUGCUACAUGGGUUUGGUUGCAAUCUGUUUUCAGUGGACAUAGGUGCUGAUCGCAUUGUAUGUGGUGGUGAUGAAGGCGUAGUCAGGGUGUGGAACUUCUCGCAAGCCUUGGAAAUUGAACAGAGGGUUCGAGCAUUAAAGGGCAUUCGGUUAGAAAAUCGGAUGAGGAGGCGAAAAAUCCAAACUGAAAUGAACACCAAGGGAGGCCGAGCUGAUCAAUGUUCAGUUGCUGCCAAGAAGAACCAAAUCAAUGGUGAUAGGAGAGUCUGGCAUACAAGGCGUGGGGUUAGUGGGAAGUUGAAAGCUUAGUAAUUCAGGGCCAUUGUACCCUUGUGGCCACUAAUACUUCUUAUUAGUCAUGUAGCAUAACAGCCACUCUUAUGUUUCAAGCAGAUAUGGUCUUCGAGCUUUAUUUCAACCACCUCGGUAUUUGAGUUUCAAGUAUAAUUUUUUCUCUAUUUCUAAAGUCUGAUUGAUGGAUCCUUUCCA